CAAUCGCAGGAGUCUAUGUUGAAGUACCACGUCCUGGCAGGGGCGGGGCUUAGCGAUCGCUGUGGAAGGAAGCCUGUCUUGCGGCGGAGCAGUGAGCGAGGAAGGGCUUCUUUUUUUUUCCUCCUCAUCCCCCCCCCACACGAGGUUUUCAUCAUGUCUAUUAUGUCCUAUAAUGGAGGGGCUGUUAUGGCCAUGAAAGGGAAAAACUGUGUGGCUAUUGCAGCUGAUCGCAGAUUUGGUAUUCAAGCUCAGAUGGUGGCCACAGACUUCCAGAAAAUUUUUCCAAUGGGAGACAGAUUAUUCAUUGGUUUGGCUGGUCUUGCCACAGAUGUGCAGACAGUUGCUCAAAGGCUCAAAUUUCGACUAAAUCUCUAUGAACUGAAGGAAGGGAGGCAAAUUAAGCCACAGACCUUAAUGAGCAUGGUGUCUAAUCUCUUAUAUGAAAGACGGUUUGGACCUUAUUAUACAGAACCGGUAAUUGCUGGAUUAAACCCAGUCACUUAUGAACCCUUUAUCUGCUCCUUAGACUUGAUUGGUUGUCCGAUGAUAACAGAUGAUUUUGUGGUCAGCGGGACCUGUACAGAGCAAAUGUAUGGCAUGUGUGAGUCUCUUUGGGAGCCAGACAUGGAACCUGAUCACCUCUUUGAAACCAUAGGACAGUCAAUGCUCAAUGCUGUGGACAGAGAUGCUGUGUCUGGUAUGGGAGUGAUAGUGCAUGUGAUUGAGAAAGACAAAAUAACUACCCGGACACUGAAAGCUCGCAUGGAUUAAGUUAAAUUCCUACUAAGAAAACUGAUUGUCUCAAGAUAGGAAAUAAAGUACUGUUAACAGAAUAAACUUUUUUCUAAAAGCAUAA